GAAGAGGAGACGGAAUGGCAGUGAAGAAGAUGGCCACGUCCCACAGACAAAGCGUAGUACCAGAAAUGCUGUCCUUCAGGACUCUUGGGAUACUGAGAAGGUGCCUGUAACGAAAAACUGUAAGGAAAGCAGACUAAAAGAAAACACAGUGUCCUGUGCGUCCUCCAGCAGUGAUAGCAGCAGCAGUUGCAGUAGCAGUAGCAUCAACAGCCCUGACAGAGGAAGUGGUCCAGAAACCAGCUUAAAUCAGAUAAUUGCAGCAUCCAGUCCUAUUACCCCCCCAUCCUUCCAUGAGCAGUCUGCACUAAGUCAAGGUCCUUACUUCCACAUCAACCAGAUCCUGAAGGAGGCACACUUUCACAGCUUACAGAACCGUGGACGCCCUCCUACAUGAUGAACCAGCAGUUCCUUGCCUUCUGUGAAGGGACAGCACUGUGUAGAUUUGAUAUUUCAACUUAAAGUUUGUUAAAAUGAAAUUGCACAAAACGCCUGUUGCCUUUUCAGUCUAUAUUUGAAAUAACAGGUUAACAGGAAAUUGUUUACUUGUGGUUUGCUGCACUAUUGCAAUGCAAAAGGGGCUUUGAAGCAAUUUUUAUAGGAUUAUUUUUUGGGGUUGGUAUCAAAUACAUGUACGAUGAGUCUGAGGAACCCACAUCUGUAUUAUAGGCGUGCAUAAUGAGUCCAAUUCAGAUUGUUAGCAACUGUUGCUUUAUGUAAAGUCCUUUCAAACGUUCAUCUUCAGUUUUAUAAAUCUUUUUUAAUUUCAAUAAACUAGUGAACAAGU